AUGCGUAUUCGCCUACAGCCUCGCAGGAGACCACAAGGUAAGCGACCCCAGGUAAGCUGAACACUGCCCUCUUGUCUUUGCACGCUCAGUAUCUUCAGUUCAGUAAUGAGCUAGCUCAACGGCUAGACAACAUUCCAAUCGCUGCCGCCGCCUACGCUGCCGCCGCCACCGCUACCGAGAACGCCUCCGUAGAGAACUGCUGGUGCCAAUUGCAAGACAAGGUCCAGUCGACGGCGCUCGCCGUCCUCGGUCGCGCUCCCCGCCAACACCAGGACUUGUUCGACGACAACGACGCCGCCAUCAGUAAUCUGCUAGCUGAGAAGAACCGCCUAUACAAAGCCUAAGAAGAUCACCCCAAUGAGGAAAACAAAGCUGCCUUCUACCGCAGUCACCGCCAACUUCAGGAAAGACUGCGCGAGGUGCAGGACGCCUGGACUGCUCGCAAAGCUGAGGAGAUCCAAGGCUACGCGGACCGCAACGAAUGAAAGAACUUCUUCCUUGCGAUCAAAGCUGUCUACGGUCCGCCGACGAAGGACACUGCUCCUUUCCUCAGCGCCGACGGUCGCACUCUCCUGAGUGAGAAGACGCAAAUCCUGCAGCGAUGGGCCGACCAUUUCCGAGGCAUCCUCCACUGCCCCUUCGUCAUCUCCGACUCCGCCAUCGACAGUUUGCCGCAAGUGGAGACCAACGUGGACCUUGACAUCCCGCCAUCUCUCCAGGAAACCAUCAGGGCCGUGCAGCAGCUCUCCAGCGGGAAAGCACCCGGAUCGGACGCGAUACCUGCUGAGGUCUACAAGCACGGAGGUCCCCAACUCAUGGAUCACCUGACUGCGCUCUUCCAGGAGAUGUGGCUUCAUGGAGAUGCCCCGCAGAAUUUCAUAGUCGCCAGAAUGCAGCAUCUAUAG